CACAUGAAACCCUAAGCAGAGGUUGGUUUAACUGAACAAAAAAUAUAAAAACCUCAACCCUAUCACAGAAACGUUCCUCAAGUAAUCCACUUUCAGUCUAUCUCUCACCGUCUGUAGCGGAAACUCUUGCAAUCGAAGCUAGCAAUCUCUUCUUCUAUCCAUCUCUUAGAAAGGGAAGUAGCAAAUUCCGGUGGGAAAGGGUACCAAGAAGGGUGGUACAAUGUUUGGAGGGUCGGCGUUCGAUGCGCUUGCUAAUGAUGAUGAUGGAGAGGUCGUUGAUGAUUCUCUAAAGGAAGAGGAUAACGUUGGGGAGGAGGAGGAGGAGGAGGAGAAUGAUAAACAUGCGCUCGCUAAAGCUUUGAGAGGGAAAAAGAAGAAGUCCAAGGGGGCAAAGAAGGGUGGAAGUUGGUUUACAGCGGCUGCACUUGAUGAGCUUGAUGACGACACGGGUGAGAAAGAUGAUGAGAAGAAAGAUGAGGAGGAAGAUACUCCUUCACUGUCUUUCUCGGGUAAGAAAAAGAAGUCGUCCAAGUCUUCUAAGAAGAGUGGUGGAAUGUUUGGAGGGUCUGCUUUUGAUGCAAUUGCUAAUGAAGAUGAUAAUGGGGAGAUGGUUGAGGAUGAGAGUAAGGUUGAGGAGGAGGAGGAGGAGGAGAAUGAUGAUCAUGCGCUCGCUAAAGCUUUGAGAGGGAAAAAGAAGAAGUCCAAGGGGGAAAAGAAGGGUGGAAUGUUUGGACGAUCUGCUUUUGAUUCAAUUGCUGAUGAAGAUGAUAAUGGGCAGAUGGUUGAGGAAGAGAGUAAGGUUGAGGAGGAGGAGGAUGUGCUUGCCAAAGCUUUUACAGGGAAAAAGAAGAAUUCCAGGGGGGGGAAGAAGGGUGGAAGUUGGUUUGCAGCAGCAGCACUUGAUGAGCUUGAUGAUGAAGCAGGUGAGAAAGAGGAUGAGAAGAAAGAUGAGGAAGAUGAUGUUCCUUCAUUUUUCUUCUCGGAUAAGAAAAAGAAGUCCGCAAGGUCUUCUAAGAAGAGUGGUAAUUCCUUUAGUGCAGCAUUGCUUGAUGAGGAAGAUGACGGAGAGGCUUCUGUAUCUGAACCUGCUGUUGUUGAUGAUUUCGACGAUGUUUCGGCGAUUGCAUUUUCAGGUAAGAAAAAAAAAUCAUCCAAGAAGAAGAGCAAUAGUGCUUUUGCAAUCUUGACUGAUGGGACAGAGCCACAAAGUGAAGUUACAGAUAUGGUUGAAUCUGAACAACCAAGUUUAGGAACUAGUAAUGUGGAAGCUGAUGAUUCUAAAACUAACAACAAGAGUGAAGGGAUUGCAGAAACUUCAAAGAAUAAGAAGAAGAAGAAGAAGAAUAAGAGUGGAAGGACUGCGCAAGAGGAGGAUGACUUGGAUAAAAUUCUUGCAGAACUUGGUGAGGGGCCUACUGUAUCGAAACCUGCCGCACCUCCUCCUGCAGAGGAAAAUGUUCAGGUUCUGCCUGAAACAGUUAUCCCUGCUGAUGCCACAGGUGAGAAGGAAGGUGAGGAAGAAGGUGUGGAGUCUGCUGCAGCAAAGAAGAAGAAAAAGAAGAAGGAAAAGGAAAAGGAAAAGAAGGCAGCAGCUGCUGCUGCUGCUACAGCUUCAGCAGAUGUUAAGGAAGAAAGUCAAGAGGAAAUGAAAAUUGAGACCUCUGAUACCAAAAAGAAAGAUGCUAAGAGUAAAGCUGCUGACAAGAAACUGCCAAAGCACGUUAGGGAGAUGCAAGAGGCACUUGCUAGGAGACAAGAAGCAGAAGAGAGGAAGAAAAGGGAAGAAGAGGAGAGGUUGAGGAAGGAAGAGGAAGAGCGACGUCGGCAAGAAGAGCUAGAGCGGCAAGCAGAAGAGGCUAGGCGUAGGAAAAAAGAAAGGGAAAAGGAGAAGCUCUUAAAGAAGAAGCAAGAAGGUAAACUAUUAACCGGGAAGCAAAAGGAAGAAGCCCGUCGCCUUGAGGCCAUGAGGAAUCAGAUAUUGGGCAAUAAAGGAGGCUUGCCUCUGCCUAGUGCAGACAAAGAUGGUGCACCUACAAAACGACCUAUAUAUCAAUCAAAGAGGUCUAAAACAGCUCAUCAUCACGCAAAUGGUGCUGCCUCUAGUAAGCCUGAGGAAAAGGUACAAGCAAAGGAAAAACAGCAAGAAGAGCAGGAGACCAAGGAUGAGGUGGAUACCCUGGAAGAUGAGAAGGUUGAUGAGGUGGAAUCAAAUAACACAGAAGAGAAAUCUGUAGUUGCAGAUGCUGCUGAAGAUAUUGGAAUGGAAGAGGAGGAUGAUGAUGAUGGUGAAUGGGAUGAAAAGAGCUGGGAUGAUGUUAAUCUUAAUGUUAAGGGUGCCUUUGAUGAUGAAGAGGCUGAUUUUGAGCCUAAGCAUGUGGUGCAGAAAGAUAUAAAGAGUGCUGCACCAGCUUCACGCAAUGCAGGUGGUGCCCCUCCUGCAGUUGCCAAGCCAACAGUUGAGACCAAGAAAGCCUCUGCUUACCGAUCAAUUAAAUCUCAAGAUGAUGAAAGUAAGAAACCUCAACCUGAGGUUGAAGCACCAGACAAAAAUAUGAAAAAAAAUACUGCUGCAAAAAAUAAAGCACCCAGAUCGGAUGCUCCUCCUAAACAGAGUGAAGAAAACCUCCGUUCCCCGAUUUGCUGUAUUAUGGGCCAUGUUGACACUGGUAAAACAAAGCUUCUGGAUUGCAUUCGAGGCACUAAUGUUCAGGAAGGUGAGGCUGGUGGCAUUACUCAACAGAUUGGCGCAACAUAUUUUCCUGCUGAGAACAUACGGGAGAGAACCAGGGAAUUGAAAGCUGAUGCCAAAUUGAAGGUUCCAGGCUUGUUGGUCAUUGAUACCCCUGGUCAUGAAUCUUUUACAAAUCUUCGGUCAAGGGGAUCAGGUUUAUGUGAUAUUGCCAUUUUGGUUGUUGACAUUAUGCAUGGAUUAGAGCCGCAGACGAUAGAAUCACUCAAUCUUUUGAAAAUGAGGAACACUGAGUUUAUCGUUGCAUUGAAUAAGGUGGACAGACUCUAUGGCUGGAAAGUUCUACGCAAUGCACCAAUUUUGAAGUCACUUAAGCAACAAUCUAAAGAUGUGCAAAAUGAAUUCAAUAUGAGACUUACACAUAUUGUAACUCAGUUCAAGGAGCAAGGACUGAAUACUGAAUUGUACUAUAAAAAUCGGGAAAUGGGUGAAACUUUCAGCAUUGUACCUACAAGUGCAAUCACUGGAGAAGGCAUCCCAGAUUUGUUAUUAUUACUGGUCCAAUGGGCGCAGAAAACAAUGGUUGAAAAACUUACAUUCAAUGAUGAAGUGCAGUGUACUGUCUUGGAGGUGAAGGUUAUUGAAGGCCUUGGGACAACUAUCGAUGUUGUGUUGGUGAAUGGUGUUCUUCAUGAAGGAGAUCAAAUUGUUGUUUCUGGCUUGCAGGGGCCUAUUGUUACCACUGUAAGAGCAUUAUUGACACCCCACCCAAUGAAGGAACUCCGAGUGAAGGGAACAUACAUGCAGCACAAGGAGAUCAAGGCAGCAAUGGGUAUCAAGAUCGCUGCACAGAACCUUGAGCAUGCUAUUGCCGGCACUGGUCUCUAUGUUGUAGGGCCUGAUGAUGAUUUGGAAGAUGUCAAAGAGGCAGUAAGGGAAGAUAUGCAGUCAGUCAUGAGUAGGAUUGACAAAAGUGGGGAAGGGGUUUAUGUACAAGCAUCCACCCUUGGCUCUUUGGAAGCAUUGCUGGAAUUUCUGAAAACUCCAGAAGUAAAUAUUCCUGUUAGUGGUAUAGGCAUAGGCCCUGUACACAAAAAAGAUGUAAUGAAGGCCAGUGUAAUGCUUGAGAAGAAAAACGAGUAUGCUACCAUAUUGGCUUUUGAUGUCAAGGUGACACCAGAGGCUCGAGAACUAGCAGAUGAACUGGGUGUGAGGAUUUUCAUUGCUGAUAUUAUUUAUCACUUAUUUGACCAAUUCAAAGCAUAUAUUGAUGGUCUGAAAGAGGAGAGGAAGAAGGAAGCAGCUGAUGAAGCAGUCUUCCCUUGUGUUCUGAAGAUUUUACCUAACUGCAUUUUCAACAAGAAGGAUCCCAUUGUCUUGGGGGUUGAUGUCCUUGAAGGCAUUGCAAGGGUUGGCACUCCAAUUUGUAUUCCUCAAAGGGAAUUCAUUGACAUUGGCCGACUUGCUUCAAUCGAAAAUAACCAUAGACCUGUUGAAGUUGCCAAGAAAGGCCAGAAGGUGGCCAUUAAGAUUGUUGGAUCCAAUCCUGAGGAGCAGCAGAAAAUGUAUGGGAGGCAUUUUGAGCUUGAGGAUGAGCUUGUUAGUCACAUUUCGAGGAGGUCAAUUGAUGUUCUCAAAGCUAAUUAUAGGGAUGAUCUGACCCUUGAGGAGUGGAGGUUGGUUCAGAGACUGAAGAUUCUUUUCAAAAUACCAUGAGCAUGAUAUGAAUCGACUUGAGCAGUUGCCUUCUAAGCAGUACUUCCAAGGGGUGGUCGGUUGUAAAUUUCUGACAUUUGGCUUGAGAGAAGAAGUUCAAUAUCGAAAUACCAUGCCAAUCAAAUUUUAAGGUCGAUUUUUCACUUUGGGGGGGAAGUUCUCACGUAAAGUUUUGAACAAGGAAUCGCUUCAUUAAGUGCACUGCUGGGAAUGGUCAUUGUCCCUUGUAAGCUGUCACUGCAGUGGUGUACGAGUGUUGUAUCUUCCAGCACUCAAUGGUUCAAAGCAGAGGGUAAAAUAUGUUGAAAUGUCCACGACUUACCUGCUGCUUUCUUUGUUAAAGAAAUUUUGUCUUAAUACCAAUGAGAUGAGAAAUAAGGCAAACAAACAUUCAUUUGUUGUAGCUGUUUUCAGUCACAGCAUAUAAAAUGAUUGCAUCAGAAAUGUUUACCCUCUUCUUCUAAGA